AUGGUGAAUCCAGGGCCACGAGCCAUGUUAGUAAACUUCACAAAGAUGGUGAUAAAACUUGGAAGAGAUGACCCCAGAAGAACUAUUCACUCUUUUAAGGUCGGAUUGGCACUGGUCUUGAUCUCUAUUUUGCAAUAUUUUCGUCCCUCCUUCUAUGCUUUUGGUGACAACAUAAUGUGGGCGGUUCUCACCGUCGUUCUUGUCCUAGAAUUUUCUGUGGGUGCAACACUUGGAAAAGGUUUAAACAGGGUGUUGGCAACGGGGUUUGCUGGUGCUCUGGGUGUUGCAAUCCGUAAAAUAGCUAGCUUUUCUGGGGAGAAGGGUAAGGUUGUAAUGACUUCAGUCUCUGUGUUUUUCAUAGCUGGAACAGUGACAUUUAUGAGAUUUUCCCCGCGACUGAAGGCAAAAUAUGAUUAUGGGUUGAUUAUAUUUAUAUUGACCUUUAGUUUAGUAUCUCUUUCGGAAAGUAAUGAGAAGGAAGUGUUAAAAGUUGCUCAAGAGAGGUUAUUAACGAUCGUCAUUGGGAGUUGUAUAGCUAUUAUGGUAUGUAUUUGCAUUUGCCCCGUUUGGAUUGGGCAGGAUCUCCACAAUCAAAUUGCUUCAAAUGUUGAAAAGCUCGCCGACUUUUUAGAAGGAUUUGGAGAUGAAUACUUCAACAAUAUAGGGAAGACAGCAGAAGUUGAGGGUGAUAAGUCAUUUCUCCACAGAUUUGAAAGUGUCCUCUCUUCAAAAUCUAGUGAAGAAACAAUGGCUGUUUUGGCAAGAUGGGAACCGUGGCAUGGCAGGUUCAGAUUUCGCCACCCGUGGAAGCAAUACUUAAACACUGGGAACCAAAUUCGGUUGUGUGCUUACAAAAUUAAAGCUCUUAGUGUCUUGCUCCUCCUCUCUGAGCAAGUACGUACAGUAUUUCACAUUUCUUUUGCAAAUUCUCUGGAUUUCCUUUGA